UUUGAGUGACUGUAAUGGCUGGCGGCCGCCAUGUCACAGAACUAGUUCACACCUAAAGUUCGCAUGCUCGUAAAAUUUUAAUCGACCCACCCAGUGCAUUUCGAGUCAGUGAAUGCAAGACUUCCUUAUUUUUCUUACAUUUCGAGGAAGUGCAAUUAGUGAUUUUAUUAAAACUACCUGUACUUUUACCCUGUGGGAGUGGUGAUAUCAAUACGAUCUAGUGAAAAUUUACGAUGUAUGUUCUUAGGACUCAGAUGGACGGUAAUGUAGUCCACCCUCACCCGGGAGUGGUGCCGGGUGGCAUCCCAGGCGUGGUGCAUGGCAUGGCAGUGCACGGCGCGGGGCCCGACGGAGAGCACGCUCCGCACGGCCCUCGCCGUCGGUACCAGAACAGGCCCAAACCUCCCAACAACUUGGAACGCUUGCCACUUGACGAAGCAGCCAAGAGAGAAAUGGAGUCUCUUCCGUUAAAAACUCCUGUAUCAGUCCUGCAGGAACUUCUGGCUCGUCGAGGAACUGUGCCUAAAUAUGAACUUGUGCAGAUAGAGGGCAUGAUUCAUGAACCAACCUUCCGCUAUCGUGUGACGGUUGCUGAUCUAGUUGAUGUAAUUACAGCUAUGGGUACUGGACGCUCGAAAAAGGAAGCUAAGCAUUCCGCAGCUAAGGCUUUGCUUGAUAAAUUGACUGGUGCUGCUCCUGCUGAUCAAUCUACUAAUGGCAAUGUGCCAGAGACUGGAACUGUGGUCUCCUCGUUUGAAGAUAAAUUGAUGGGCAACCCUGUUGGCUGGCUGCAGGAACUAUGCAUGUCUCGAUUCUGGCCUCCGCCUUCGUACCAUGCUGAGAACGAUGAUAAUGUAAACAGACGUCUGCCUCAUGAGCGCCAGUUUACGAUUGUGUGCACUCUGCUGAAGCGCCGUGAAGUAGGAACUGGAAAGUCUAAGAAACUUGCUAAGCGCCAAGCUGCUUACAAGAUGUGGCAGGCUCUGCAGGACAACCCCCCAGAAUCAUUCCAACCUGAGGAAGAGGGCGGAGUUGCGGCCCGCUAUGCCGACUUGAAAGAUAGUAAAAUCUCUACUCUGACUACAAGUCACAGCCACAAGGUGUCGCAGUUUCACAAACAUCUCAAACAGUCUGUCGGCCCUAACCUGGCCAAGUUGCAGGUGACGCCAUUGAACAACAAAGACUUCAAUUUUGUGCAGUUCUUGCAAGAGAUUGCAUCUGAGCAGUCAUUUGAAGUAACUUAUGUGGAUAUUGAAGAAAAAUCGAUGACUGGUCGUUGCCAAUGCCUUGUUCAGCUGUCUACCUUGCCAGUGGCUGUUUGCUAUGGAUCAGGACUUACCAGCAAGGAUGCGCAGUCGUCGGCAGCUCAGAAUGCUCUGGAGUACCUCAAAAUCAUGACUAAAAAGUGAAUGUCUCACCAUCUUGCGACAUCAGCACCACUCGCCGCGUGCUCCACAACACGGAUAUAUAAAUUUUAAUGAGUUAUUUUAAAAUAACUUUUGGUGGCGAACGUUCGGCAUAGGAGCUGGUAAUUGAUGUCGCUAGGUUUUGAGCCUAAACUUAUCUUUAUCACCACUUCCCAUUUGAAUAUGGCAUUAUGCCUGUGUGCCAGCAGCACUUCGGGCUAUGCUUUAUAACUGGCAUGUUUGCAGUAUCUUACUUGUGAUUCUUUUCUUAAUUAUUUUCAAUUUGCACUUUUAUAUCUUAUUAGUGCAUUGAUUCAAAUAUGUUUGUUUCUUUCUCUAUCUUAAUCUAACAUCGGCAAGUGAUUUCUCACUUGUACUAUUACUGCCAACGUGCGAGGGUAAAUGGCAUAGCCCGUAAAUUUAAAUGAAACAAAGUAUGGAGUGGUUACAUAACAAAUACAAGCUAUACUUUGCAUAGAAUUAGUGUAAUUUUCCCAGCGUGGAAAUUACUUAAAAAAAUAAUAAAAAAUACAAAAAAAAUAUAAAAUAUAUAGAAAAUAAGAAAAAAAAACGUGUGGAUAUUUCCAGUUUAAUAUUCAGCAUUAUUUAGGCAUGAUUUUGCAUUCAUAUUAAUAAAAUGUAUACUUAUCAGACAAAAGUUGAAGUCUUAGCUUUUAAUGUAUAUUAUAAUCAUGGCAUAGCCAGUCAUAUUUUUUCAUUUACUUAAACCAGAUAUAUACUUAUUUACAUAAAUUUAGUUAAGUGUCGUGUGUUAAGAAGCUAUCUAACAUGCUGAGCAUUAAACGGAAAAAAUAUUCUCAGCUAGUAAUGUCUUGUUGACGAACUGCCCGACCUUUGCUUUGUAACAAGCUCCAACAUUGCGGUCAACUUGAACUUGGAAUUUAACUUUAUUCAUAACGCAAGGGUUGGAAUUUGUGGAUGAAUCAUGUGAGGCAGGAUUGCAGAGUGAUUUUAUUUGAAUUUGAACCAGUGAGUCUAGGUUUUCUUUUGAAUACAAGAUGGAUAACUUUGCAGGGAAGCUGAGAACUACGUGUUAGAGUGAAUUUUUCACUGGAAUUAGUGAUCGCGAAGUUAGGAUCCCUUGCCUGUGAAAAUGGGCAUUAUUUUAAUGCAAAGUAUAGAGGUUGUAACAAUUUCUAACUGUACAGUGUCGUCGUCGGUGCUUUGCCUUUGAAUGCCGGGCAAUGACGAGGAUCCUGCACGCACCAAGUUUCUUUUAAAUUGAAUGGUGUGAGUUCAACCUGCCCUUGUCAAACAUCGCACUGUUCAAGUUAGAAAAGACUACUCGAGUAAAGGAUUGGAGUUCCGUUCAACCAAGACCAACUAAAUAAAAUUAUGAUGUCCGGCCGUUGCUCGUGGCAUUGAAUUUAAAUUAUUAUUUUUAUGUUUAGUGAGUCUUGGUUUUACAUGUUCUUGUGAUUAAUCUCAAGAUGAUAAAAUAGUAAUUAAAUAUAGAUUAUUGUCAUUUGUGGACAUUAUCACACUUCUCACCUAUUUAUGUAAAACGGUUUUUUUGAACUAUAAUAGACUAAUUUUAAUUUUUGCUAUGAAUAUUCUGCGCUAAUUUAAAAAUAAAUUUGAUGUUGCUUAUAAA